AUGUCUGCUGAGGAGCAAAAGAUGCUGCAUAGAUUUUUGAAGUUAACUCUGCCUAGAUUUUCUAGUUCUCCUGGAGAUGAUGCAUUUAAGUUUCUCACUGCUUUCAAGGAUAGGCUCUGUGGAUUAGGCCUUGUUGAUACUCGUGGUACUCAGUUCUUCGAGACACUCUUAAAGAAGUAUAUGUCGCGCAGCCUUAGAGAUCGACUGAAGGAUCAGUUCACCAUAUUGAAGAAAGGUUCUAUGACAAUCACUAAGUUUGAGGCCCAUUUUGAUGAGUCGACCAGGUAUUGGCUGAAACUUGGAAUUUACUCCAAGUUUAAGUUUUCAUCUGGUGCAGCAGAAGAUUUAGCUAGCAGUUUCUUUGGUGUGCUGUUUAUUUUUCAACCAGUGAUCAGAACACAAGCAUGGAACUUUUUCACAGGAGCUUUCCCAAGUUCGACAGGUGUGAGUGAAUUUCACAUCUUUGCUGUUUUGGUUAGCUUAUUUUCAUCUGUUGCCAGUGGAGUCACCUACUGCCUUACGAGAGCAGGAGCCAAGGCAGCAGAUCAACCUGUGCUUCCAGUUCUUAUGUUUGCUCUAUUUGCUAGUCCUGCUGCUGCGAAAUCUUCUUUUGCCUUUGAAAACUUUGCACUCCCUAGUUUCUAUUCUUUCCUUCUGAUGGCUGUACUUGGUGUACUAGGUUUCUUUGCAGAGAUACUUUUAGCACGUGGACUUCAGCUUGAGAAAACCAAUAGAGUUGCCAAUAUCCAAUUUGUUGAGGUUGCAUUAUCACAAUUUCUUGGAAUGGGCUCAACAAGAAUCGUUCCAUCUUUUUGCAGAUUAGUUGGACGUCUAAUCAUCUUAAUUUCAGUAUGCUGUACCAUGUAUAUUGGACCUGAGAAAGAGAUUGAAUGA